ACCAAAUCGACUGGACUGAAGUUUCCGCCAGCUGGCAUAAUGGUUCCAGUGUUGUUGUUCAAUUCGAAAUUAAAGGAAUUUAGAAGAAUUGACAAGAGAAAAUAGAAUAAAAGUCUAUUUAGGCCUUUUGCUAUGUGUAAUUUCACUUAUACUGCAUUAUGAGACGAAAAGCCUUUCGCAAUUUUAAAAGUUCCAGUGCCAUGAGGAUUAGAGAAGCGUGUCACGUCGAUGAUAUAAGUGACUCCGAAAGUAUCGAACAUAUUUCGCAUGGAGCAGGCGCUUCACGGUUUGGGAACUUUCACAACUAUUACAAGUUCAAUCCCCCUUCAAAACGCUUAAGUGUCCUCGGAACUGACUGGUUACUACCGUUGGCGGACCGGCGGAUCGUAUCAACGAUCGAUUUCGGCUGUAAUUCCGGCGACCUUACGGUCGAACUGCAUACUCAGCUACGGCGACUUAAACUUCCAUUGCGAACACUCGGUAUAGAUAUCGACCCUGUGCUUAUUCAAACAGCAAAGUCACUUACAGCUCGAUGCGAUUAUGGCGAGGUAAAGUUUGAAACGGUCGAUGUAAUGCGUGAAAACGAACGUAAAUCUUACGUCGAAUGCUUUACUUCCGAUGGGCGCUUCGAUCUCGGGCUUUGCUUCGCUGUCACAAUGUGGAUUCACCUUAACCAUGGAGACGAUGGACUGCGGCAAUUUCUCCAGUACAUCUCGUCCCGGUGUGACUUUCUUCUUGUCGAGCCCCAAACGUGGAAAUGCUACAGAAACGCCUCUCGACGGAUGCGUCGCCUAAAAAAAGUUAUGUUUCAGGAUAUUGGCAAACUCAGCUGGAAUAACGAUGUUGUUCAACGAAUUGACGAAUUUAUACAGAAUGAUUGUAACAUGACAAUCGAACAGUACUUCGGUAUCACUGAAUGGGGCAGACCGUUAACACUGUACAGAAAAUAUAAACGUGCGGAUAAAACUAACACACCUGGGUGACAACCCAAAGUGCCUAAACUGCAAAUACAUACGGCAAACAAAAGAUUGCAUCUAUAUAUAUAUAUAUAUAUAUACAUAUAUAUAUAUAUGCGUUGCACAAAU